AUGCGCACUCAACCAAUCCUCUUCACCGUGGUCGCUAUCCUUGCUUCUCAAGUCAUCGCUCAAGAUGAUACCACAACCGCCAAUACCGGUGAUGCGACUAGUACCGCACAGGACGUAACGACGACAGCCCAGACCACCGCCGAUACCCCUACUACUACUACCGAGCAAACAUCGGAGCAAACAACGGAUCCAACUUCUACGGCUGCCUCCGAGACUACUACCGAGGCCUCUACCACAUCGGACACCUCCCGGACAACUGGUACUUCUUCUGAUAUCACCAGCUCCACUACGCGUUCAUCCGCAUCUACAUCCUCGUCUGAUGACGAUGUUCCGCUUCCGACCCUUCCUGGCCAGUAUAGUUACCCUUCCCCUACCGUACCCCCCACCAGCAAUGCUCCCUUUAUGCAACCAUCGAGUGUGCCAGAGGGUACUGUUUUCAUUGCCGUGGGUGCCAUCCUCGGAGCCUUCGGAGCGGCGGUCUUAAUAUGGCGGGCUGUUGUCGCCUGUCUCCUACAUCGCUCCGUUAAGAAGGCUGCGAUGGCUCAACAGCUUGCUAAUGACAAAGCCACCUUCCCGCCGCCGCCUGCUCCCUUCUACAAAUAUACCGAUCAAGCGUCCUCGGCCUCACUUGGUAACGCUAUGGCAGGUCGUGGGGUACGGAGAACAACGCGAGGACCGAUUCCUUCGUCCACUCCGAGCCAGUCUAAUCUGUUCUUUUCCCCCACGGCUGCCACCCCAUCUGGAAGCGUGAACAAUCGUGAAUCUCGAUUUUUGCCCUCUGGUUUCUAUGCUGCCGGUCAAGGUUCUCCGCAAUCGGGCCACGGUCACUCUAUCAGCUUGACCAACUUACGGCCGGAUUCGCGUGGCGUUGGACGACCUCUUGGACAUACACCUCCCGAGUCUCCUAGCCUAGCGCCCCGUGCAGAUAUGGUGCGGCAAAAUAUGAGUGCCAGCUCAUUGAAUCUGAACCGGCCGCCAAGUGGACGAGCACCAAGUGCUUUCCUAGAGGACUUGUUGGAUGAUCCUCAGAACCAGUUUCCGCCGCCAACUCACCCCAGCACCUGGAACCAGUCUCAACGACAUUAG